AUGUUAACUUUGAAAGAGGAAGAGGCUCUGGUAGCAUAUGUGAAGUACAUAGGAGAGCGAGGGUUCCCUCUAAAUAGCCAACAUCUCCGCUCCUAUGUUCUUGAACUGGUAAAGCGUGCGGACAGACAUUCCUUAUUCAACCUGGACAAAGGUCCAUCAGACAAGUGGUGUCUUAAAUUUAUAAGAAGUCAUCCCGAGCUCAGUGAAAAAACUCCCCAGAUCCGUGAUAAAGGGCGAACACGAAUGUCUAAUCAAACAGUGAUGGACGAUUUUUUCAAGAAAUAUGUUCCUCAUAAAUAUAUUCAUGACGCGUCGAAAACGAGGCUACCGGUGUCUCUGGUGUAUACAAAUAUGGCGGAAGCGAAAGUGUCAGAAAUCACCAACAACUCAACGCGAGAUUUGCGGGCAGUUCCUGAUGAGAUAACGUUCGGAUUUGUAGAGAAUGCCAUUAAAACAUCAUCUUCAAGCACCGGAAGCAGGGAGGUAUCGAAAGGAUACAAAUACUUCAGUGAAAAGUAUAUCUAUGAUAUAAGAGUCCAUCAGAUAGAUCAGGGUUGCUUAAUUCGUGCCAGAUCCUAUAGAUCACAGCGGAAAAAUGAAGCUCCACAUGAUGUAGAGGUUGUUAUCAGAAAUGGUCCAUCAUUUGAUAGCAGUUCCAGUAAGUGUUCCUGUGCUAUUGGCUCUGGUGGCUGUUGUGGACAUAUUGCUGGUGUACUCCAUUCUGUUGCCCAUAUGAAAACAACUGGAGUGUCAGCAGUACCUUGUGAUGUAGCAAAAACAUCUCUACCACAAACCUGGCACAUUCCCAGAGGUGAAAAGAUAGGUGGGUCUGUGUCAAGUGAUGUAACAUUGCAAGGAUAUGAUCCUAAAUGCCCACAGCGUCAGACCAGAGGAUUAAGGUCAACAUUAUAUAAUCCAAUACCUUCUGGUGUGGAGAAACUUGAUGUCCAGAAAUUGUGUGAAAACCUGUACAAAGUUGACAAAACAUGUUUAUUCUUAACAAAUGUAUCUUUAAGUUCUCAACAAAAGGAGAUUGAUACAAAAUAUGGAAAGUUUCCUAAAGGCUCUCCACUUGCCACCCAACAAAGACUCCGCAGUGACUUUGUGUUAAAUAUCUUAAAUGCAGGUGAUUUUCCUAAACUACCUAUGCAAAAUCUCAUGGUUAAUGAACUAAAUGUGGUACUUGAGUACAGCAAGAACAUUCAAUUUAAUUCAUUGAUAAUCUCGGAGACUCAGUCAUUGGAAAUUGAGGAAAGCACCCGUCUGCAAUCCCAGAAUCCCAAAUGGCACAGAAUAAGGAGAGAUAGGAUUACAGCCUCAGUGGCGGGAGAUAUCGUAAAAAGGCAGAAAGAGUAUGAUCCACUCAUCAAGAGACUCCAGUCAACCAGAAAGGUUGUAACUGCCAACAUGCGAUAUGGGAUAGCCAGUGAGCCUGUUGCAGCAAACGCAUAUGUGGAGAGGUUGAAUGGGGAAGUGAACAUUUAUCCGUCUGGAUUAGUAGUGAGUCCGUGGUCCCCAUGGUUGGCUGCAUCUCCAGACCGCAAAGUCUACUGCCCAACACUGAAUCCAAAGUAUGGUCUGCUGGAGAUAAAGUGUCCUGUAAACCCUUUGUCAGAGUGCCAGUACCUCACCAAGGAUGAAAAUGGAUACAAACUGAAGGAGAGGCACAACUAUUUUUACCAAGUUAUGAUGCAGAUGGCAGUGACAGGGAUGGAAUGGUGUCACUUCUUUGUGUGGACACCCGAGGAAAGUCAUUUGGAACUCAUUCUUUUCAACACGAAUACAUGGAAAGAAAUGAAGGAAAAGCUUGAUGAUUUCUUUUUUUACCACUACUUAAGUUAGAUAAAAUUUGUAGCAAGAUACAGUUUGUAGUUAGAUACAAUUUGUAAUAUGUUAAUUGACUUUGUUAUUGAGAGCUCAAUAACUUUCAUGAAUCAAACUUAAAGAACAUUUUAUGACAUACAUGUACAAAUGUAUCAUUCAUACUAACCUUACUGUUAUUUGGCUAGUACUAAUCCAGGGUAUAGUUUAUAACAAUACAAGAUAGCUUACUUCCAAUCUUUGACAAGAGGUCCCUUGAAUAAUGUUAACAUAUUUGCAACUGUCCAUAUUUGAUUAAUUGUUCCUACCAUACUUAAGGGGAUGAUACUAUCAAAUAGGUGAUACUCCUUGACUCUUCGGAUAUGCCUCUCAAUAUGUAUCCUCAAUUUAGCAAUUACCUGAGUCUGCUCCACUUCCUGUCUUGUAAAUUGACCUUGACCUUGAAGGAAUGGAGGUGUGUUCACUAAAAUACCUGUACCUUCAAGUACCUUGUUGAGUACAAACCCUUUG